AUGCGCCGCCGCGUCCUCAUCCGCCUCAGGCCACCGGCGCGGCGAUGCUUCUGCGCGCCGCUCUCGACCGCGGCCUCGACGGCGGCGGCCGCGCCCAGCGCCUACCGCCUGCUCGCGCUCCUCCGCGGCUGCGUCGCCCCGCCGCACCUCCCGCUGGGCCUCCGAAUCCACGCGCGCGCCGUCACCUCGGGCCUCCUCGCGGCCGCCGACGGGCCGGCGGGCGCGCUCCAGACGCGGCUCAUCGGCAUGUACGUCCUGACGCGGCGCUUCCGGGACGCGGUCGCGGUCUUCUCCUCGCUCCCGCGCGCGGCCGCCGCGUCGGCGCUCCCCUGGAACUGGCUCAUCCGCGGGCUCACCAUGGCCGGGCACCACCGCUUCGCCGUGCUCUUCUACGUCAAGAUGUGGGCGCACCCGUCCGCGCCGCGGCCGGACGGCCACACCCUCCCCUACGUCGUCAAGUCGUGCGCCGCGCUCGGCGCGCUCGCCCUCGGCCGCCUCGUGCACCGCACCGCGCGGGCGCUCGGGCUCGACCGCGACAUGUACGUCGGGAGCGCGCUCAUCAAGAUGUACGCGGACGCCGGCCUCCUGGGGGGCGCGCGCGAGGUGUUCGACGGAAUGGCCGAGCGGGACUGCGUCCUGUGGAACGUGAUGAUGGACGGGUACGUCAAGGGUGGCGACGUGGCCAGCGCGGUGGGGCUGUUCGGAGCCAUGAGGGCGUCCCGCUGUGACCCCAACUUCGCGACCCUGGCGUGCUUUCUGUCUGUGUGCGCCACGGAGGCUGACUUGCUCUCAGGGGUGCAGCUCCACACCCUGGCGGUGAAGUAUGGGUUAGAGCCAGAGGUCGCCGUGGCGAACACGUUGGUGUCAAUGUACGCCAAAUGCCAGUGCUUGGAUGAUGCGUGGAGGUUGUUUGACCUGAUGCCGCGGGACGAUUUGGUAACCUGGAACGGGAUGAUAUCCGGGUGCGUUCAGAACGGGCUUGUCGACGAUGCAUUGAGAUUGUUCUGUGACAUGCAGAAGAGUGGUCUUCAGCCUGAUUCAGUUACACUGGCAAGCUUGUUACCAGCUUUGACCGAUUUGAAUGGUUUCAAGCAGGGGAAGGAGAUACAUGGCUACAUUGUCAGGAACUGUGUGCAUUUGGAUGUCUUCUUGGUGAGUGCUUUGGUGGACAUAUAUUUCAAGUGCAGGGAUGUGAGGAUGGCACAAAAUGUCUUUAAUGCUACAAAGACCAUCGAUGUGGUUAUUGGUAGUACAAUGAUCUCGGGUUAUGUUCUUAAUGGGAUGAGCGAAGCGGCAGUGAAAAUGUUUCGGUGCCUCUUGGAAGUGGGCAUCAAACCAAAUGCCGUCAUGGUAGCUAGCACGUUGCCAGCAUGUGCUUGCAUGGCUGCUAUGAAGCUUGGUCAGGAGCUCCAUGGGUAUGUUCUGAAAAAUGCAUAUGAAGGAAGGUGUUAUGUGGAGAGUGCAUUAAUGGACAUGUAUGCGAAAUGCGGUAGACUCGACCUUAGCCAUUAUAUCUUCUCUAAGAUGUCUGCUAAGGAUGAGGUGACAUGGAACUCGAUGAUUUCAAGCUUUGCACAGAAUGGGGAACCUGAAGAAGCUCUUGAGUUGUUUCGUCAAAUGAGUAUGGAAGGAGUGAAGUACAGUAAUGUGACCAUAUCUUCCAUCCUAUCAGCAUGUGCAGGCUUACCAGCUAUAUAUUAUGGAAAGGAGAUCCAUGGUAUCAUUAUAAAGGGUCCCAUAAGAGCAGAUGUGUUUGCUGAGAGUGCUCUCAUAGAUAUGUAUGGCAAAUGUGGGAACUUAGAAUUGGCUUUUCGUGUUUUUGAAUUCAUGCCUGAGAAGAAUGAAGUGUCAUGGAAUAGUAUAAUCUCUGCCUAUGGGGCUCAUGGCCUUGUUAAAGAGUCGGUGAGUUUAUUAUGCCGCAUGCAAGAGGAAGGAUUCAACGCAGACCAUGUAACAUUCCUUGCUUUGAUAUCUGCUUGUGCUCACGCUGGGCAGGUUCAAGAAGGACUCCGACUUUUUAAAUGCAUGACUGAGGAAUAUCAGAUUGCACCUCGAGUGGAACACUUAGCUUGCAUGGUUGACUUAUAUAGCCGGGCUGGGAAGUUGGAUAAAGCCAUGCAAUUUAUUGCUGACAUGCCUUUCAAGCCGGAUGCUGGCAUUUGGGGUGCUCUUCUCCAUGCUUGCCGUGUGCAUCGCAACGUUGAACUUGCAGAGAUUGCUUCUCAAGAACUAUUCAAGUUGGAUCCUCAUAAUUCAGGUUAUUAUGUGCUCAUGUCCAAUAUCAAUGCUGUUGCUGGACGGUGGGAUGGUGUGUCAAAAAUGAGAAGAUUGAUGAAGGACAAGAAAGUUCAGAAGAUACCUGGUUACAGCUGGGUAGAUGUUAAUAAUACCAGCCAUUUAUUUGUUGCAGCAGACAAAAGCCACCCUGAUUCUGAAGAUAUUUACAUGUCUUUGAAGAGCCUUCUUCUAGAAUUAAAACAUGAAGGCUACGUUCCCAGGCCAGACAUAUGUUAUACCACGCAACCAGACAACACCACCCAGGUAAUGACAAUUUGAUUGUGAUUUAUCCCAGUGGAAGUUAUCUGAUAUUCUGAUGGUGAUAAAGGAGAACUCGUUAUUGUACAAAUGUUGCAUAGAGCAAAGCAAAGCUUCUACUGCAGUACGAUUCCAUGUUUCCAUGUGAAGAAGUGGCGAGUUGACUUGCUUGUGCAUCAGCUGAACCCUAAACGCUCAAUUCGUAAUGCAAAAUUCAAAUGGCCAUGGAAUGUGUCAGGUCCAUCUUGGUCAUGUAUCACCUGUACAUAGGCGCGGUCUUAUCAACAAAGUUCAUAUAAUUCUUUGACGGCUCAAACUCUCAAUGCUGACAGUUUAUUCCUUGGGACUGUGUUGACAGGCCUGUGAAAACCAUAAGAACACGUGAGAUUCAACAUUUUCACAACAGCUCGACAUGCUUAUGAAACAAGGUUGUGUAGCACAACAAGGUUAACGAUGAAAUGUGAGCGACCUGUUGAGUCAGUCGAUCAUUUGAACUGAUCACUAGGUCUUUGGAUCUAGAACAGAGGACCCCUGGGUGGUAUGGCUUGGAGUUAUUCUAUAGAUCAUUUGGAAGCUUCUCGCGCCGUAUCUGCGCAAGACUCUGGGGAUUUCUCGUCGCGUCCAGCAUCCUAUCCAAGAACUGAACGAACCGGCGAUCCUCGUGAGCAACCUGUGGGUCUGAAAACCUAGCGAGGUUAUCUUGAUCCUGCACCAUUACAAGCAAAAGGCAUCGAUAAAUGGACGAACUCUUCAAGAGAAGCAACAUACACAUGG